CUUUUCAACUUGUACGAUCAAGAUACACUUCUUCAAGUGUGCGUGCGUGCGUGCGUGCGUGUGUAUAUGAUUUCACACGACCCUAGCUUUCAUUACCUACAAAUCUCAUCAGCUUCUUGUGCGUGUCUGGAAGUUGAAGAUGGGUAACAUCUCUGUAUGUGUUCUAUUGUUGAUAGUUGCUAGUGCUUUCCUGCCUCAUUCUUCAUAUUCUCAUGAGCUGACCAGCACGAAAAGAGAAGCUUUAGAGGUUAGCGUUGGCGGCGGCGCCGAUGCUGGUAAUGCUCCUUCUUCUUUCCCAGAAUGUGGAGAAUGUCAAAGUCCUCCGCCUUCUCCACCACCCAGGCUGAAACGAGCAAAAAAAGUGCUUCUAAAAUUCAAGCGGAACAUCUGCGAUACGCAAGGGCGAACGUCAAACUGGAAGAUGUCCAACGACGUAUGUAAAUUCAACGGCAUUAGUUGCGCCACAUAUCCGAACGAUAAACAGAAGGCAGUGGCGGGGCUGGACUUCAAUGGAUACGCAUUCUCCAGGCUGCGGAACGAUAAACCACUGGACCUUUUUGGAAUCUUGGCCCCAAUCCGAGAGUUAGCAUUCUUCCACGUGAACUCCAACAAUUUCAGCGGCCAAGUCCCACCUCAAAUCUCCCAGUUCCCAUACUUCUUCGAGCUCGACCUCAGCAACAACAAGAUAAGGGGUGAGUUCCCGAAAGAGGUCCUUCUCUCGAAACAACUUGUGUUCCUGGAUCUCAGGUUCAACGAACUUUGCGGUUCGAUUCCACCGCAGCUCUUUAAGCUGCCACUAGAAGUCAUCUUCAUCAACAACAACCAGCUCACCGGAUGCCUUCCCGAUGACUUCGGGUCCACGCCGGCCAGAUAUCUUACAUUCGCCAACAACAAGUUAACGGGUCCGAUCCCCAGGAGUAUUGGUAAAGCCACGAACAUCACUGAGGUGCUGUUCCUGGGGAAUCAGUUUUCUGGUUGUUUACCUUAUGAGAUCGGGUUCCUCGUCAAAGCUACGGUUUUCGACGUGAGCAAGAACUGGCUGACCGGUCCAAUCCCGCACUCCUUUGCCUGCUUGGAUAACAUCCAGUUCUUGAAUUUGGCUGAUAAUCAGUUCUACGGGCCCGUUCCAGAGUCGGUGUGCAAGCUUUCGGGACUCCGAAACGGGAAUUUGACGCUGUCGGGUAAUUAUUUUACCCAGGUGGGACCAGAAUGCAGGAAGCUGAUAGACGCGAAGGUGCUGGACGUGCGGCGGAAUUGCAUUCUGGGACUUCGCGAUCAGAGAACACAGGCUGAGUGCACCAAGUUCUUCUCCGAGGUUAAGCCUUGUCCGAACCCCAAGACCUUGAACAUCGUACCUUGUAACAAGUACUAUGAGAGCUACGAGACGACGGUGCCGGGACCGGUGGCAGCAGGUUGGCCGCCGAUGCCGGUGACUUACAAGUCACUCAAACCGCAUCGCUUGUGAUUCAGCAUUAUGACUAGGCACUUUGAACAACUCUUGUCUGUUAACCUUAAUCCUAUGCGUAUUUGCACAUAAUCUUUGUUUAACUGUGGCCUUUCAUCGGCUCUUGAUUUGUAUAAUAGAGUAAUGAAUAAGCUGUGCAACUGCAAGUGUACUGUGACCUGAUUUGGCAUCUUUCACUCGAUGGCAGAUUGGGAUAUUACCAAAGUAUGGUGUGAUCGUUAUAGUUGUCAUUCGUGCAAUAAAACAAG